GCUGUUCAAGCCGAGUAAGAAGCGGACGAUUUGUUCCGCACAAUGAAAAAGGAAAAAUAGCACACCUUAAGUGUAGGUUUUUAGCCACAGAAGACAGUUGUAGUUAACACGAGUCCUCGGCCAACAGACAAAAGCUUAGAAGAGAUUAGAAAAAACUCCCAGAGAGCGAGGAUGUUGGUCCCCGCGGGAAGAUAAUGAAGAGGCUGCGCGUUUUGUUGGUGUGCCUCAUUGUAGCUCUCCUGUGCUGGUACCCCGGUCGAUAUGUGUGUUGUUCAGAGCAGAGCUCGUCUGGCCCUGGACAGUCGGCGGGGGACGGAAACCCCGAGGGCCAGAAGCAGGACUCCACGCAACACCAGGUGUUGGAAGAAUGGACGACACACGCAUCAUAUGAUAUGGGACUGGAGACAGAGAGAGCAGCACUAGACGAGCUUGCGACACACAAUGUACACCAAGAACAGACUGUGAAUCCUCGGGACGCUGAGGUGGAGGAGACCAAGACUGACCCAGAGUCUGAUACUGUACCUCUUGCCUCUGAGCCAGAACUCCACCCAGAACCCCCGGCUGAUGUGGACCUGCAGACCGCAGACACACGGGACCAUGACCAGGAAGUCCCUGACUCCUCCACUCCAGAACCAGUUCCAGCACAGGGCCAAGUGUCCACAGAGACCGUCAGCGACGCCCCUGCUGCACACCUCGGCCUGGACUCAAACCCAGCCACAUCCCCAGAUGAAGCUGACAACACACCUACCUCACAGAGCGCCGGCCAGACCCACACAGGUGCGGUGAGGGUUGCCAGUGCAGGAGAUGAACUCCCAGUAGACAAAUUUGUCUUUGCUGAGCACUCUGGUGCACAGUGCGGAGUCAUUCCCCCCGAACUGGCAACCUGUGAAAACUCCCCUUUUGGCAGGCCUCUCUUCAGUGUGGAUGACGCCGGCAUAGAGGACCAGCGGUCGGACCAGAGCCAGAGUUCUGGUCCUGAAGCAGAGGUCCAGUCUACUCCAGGCCACGUGGACCAGGAACAGCGGCAGCAGGAGCUGGAGGAUGAGCUGUCUGAUUUGGACCAGGAGGGCAACAUUUCUCAGAACCACCAAGAGAAGCAGGCAGGGCAAGGCAGUACUGCCAGAGAGACUGAUCCCUCAGUUCCCAUCAAAGAAGACAUCCCCACCUUCGACGAGUGGAAAAAACAAGUCAUGGAGGUGGAGAAGGAGAAGAGUCAGUCUCUUCAUACCUCAACCAGCGGCAGCCCCCAUCCGGUGAAGAAGGUCCAGAAAAACUUCAAGAAUAACUACGCCUCCGUGGAGUGUGGAGCCAAGAUACUCUCUUCCAACAACGAGGCCAAGAGCACUUCAGCUAUUCUCAUGGAGAAUAUGGACCUUUACAUGCUGAAUCCUUGCAGCAACAAAAUCUGGUUUGUGAUAGAGCUCUGUGAGCCCAUUCAAGUCAAGCAGCUGGACAUCGCUAACUUUGAGCUCUUCUCAUCGACACCUAAAGACUUUUUGGUUUCCAUCAGCGACAGAUAUCCGACCAACAAGUGGGUGAAGCUCGGUACUUUUCAUGGCCGUGAUGAGCGCAUAGUCCAGAGCUUCCCACUGGAUGAGCAGCUUUAUGCUAAAUAUGUGAAGAUGUUCAUCAAGUACAUAAAGGUUGAACUCCUCUCACACUUUGGAUCAGAACACUUCUGUCCACUCAGUCUCAUCAGGGUGUUUGGUACCAGCAUGGUGGAGGAGUACGAGGAGAUAGCGGAUUCCCAGUACCCUUCAGAGAGACUGGAGUACUUGGAUGAAGACUAUGAUUAUCCACCUGGCUACCAACCAUCAGAGGACAAGGCCUCUAAAAACCUGCUUGGCUCAGCAACCAAUGCCAUCCUAAACAUGGUAAACAACAUUGCUGCAAAUGUGCUGGGCGGCAAACCAGAGCUGGAGGGUGGAACGUUAACAGGAGUGCUAGAUAAUAUAACAGCAGAGGGGGAUGAGAAGAAGGAGAGCGCAGAAGAUAUGCCUGACACACCUCAGGACUCCGUAAUACUGGAGCCGGCAGAGCCAGAACACCCUGCAACCCAAGAGGACUCUGCAGUCUCCAGUGACUCUUCCACACCUUCCCCCUCAUCCCCCGACUCCCAGGAGGACAGAAAGAUUGUCACGCUGGUGGAGGAGGAGGAGGAGGAGGACGACGACGACGAAGAGCCCCGACAGUCUACCGUCACCCUGAUGGAGGAGGAGGGAGAGGAGGAGGAGGAGGAGGAGGAGGAGGAGAAGAAGAAAGAGGAGGCGACGCGGCAGGAGGCGGACAGGAACCAGUGGGAGAACCAGACCUACUGUCCUUUCUCCUCCUUCUCGCUGUCUCUGUCUUGCAUGGCCACCCUGCCGGAGCUGCUCCACCGCUGGUGCUCCGCCAGGCUGGCCAAGGAGCGACUCCGCAGCCUGAGGCGGAGGCAGCUGGGCGCUCAGACGCACCCCGACCCAAACACCCCAUCCCUCACAUACACCCCCCCGCCGAUCCCUGCACCUGUUCCCACACCUCUCAAGGAAGCCCUCCCCCUCGCAGAAAAGGCUCCAGAGCCCAAGGUGCCUGUUCAGGGCCUAAGUGAGGGAAAAACCAUGGGUGAGGUGCACACCACGCAUCCAAACGCUCACAUCCCCGCUGAGGCACACACUCCAGAGCUCAACAUCCUCCUAGAGCCAAGCAGAACAGCCACUAUCCCUCCUCACAGCUUCUCUGACGCCCACGGCUCCCUGGCGUCGCCCACCCCAUCCCACGAGGAGGAGAAGCAGCUCCCUCACAUUAAAGACGCAGCCAUUGACCCCGUCCCCACCCCACCCCUCCCAGCUGUCACUGUCCCAGAGACGCAGCAGGGCAGCAGCGCCACCCAAGCUCUUACUGGCAGCUCUCCCACACUUGCUGUAGCUUCUGAGACGGCCUCUGCCGGUGCUGUGGUUCCCCCCGUGAAGGAGCAGCCCGUUCAGUCUCUUCCCACUGCAUCAAGGCCUGAGGACCUCCUCCCCCCUCCAACUGAACUACCAACAGCUCUCCCGCUGACUGACACCCACACAGACACAGUAAAGUCAGGUGCAGACGGUGGGGACUCUCAGAGACACAGUGUCCAGGCCUCUCAGACUCACGGGGAGCAGGGGGACUCUCUCGCUCCUACCGGGGAGCCCCACCGGGUGGAGGACGCGGUGGACGAGGACCUGUUGAGCACUAACGGGAACGUCCACCGGACAGCCACGGACUUCUAUGCAGAGCUGCAGAAUGGAGGGGAAUAUAACGGCGGGGCGAUGCUGGGGAACGGCAUGUUGUUGAACGGCGCGGUGCACGGAUCCAACCAGAAGGAGAGCGUCUUCAUGAGGCUGAACAACAGGAUCAAAGCCCUGGAGAUGAACAUGAGUCUGUCAGGCAGAUACCUGGAGGAGCUCAGCCAGAGAUACCGUAAACAGAUGGAGGAGAUGCAGAGAGCGUUCAAUAAGACCAUCAUCAAACUGCAGAACACCUCCCGCAUUGCUGAGGAGCAGGACCAGAAGCAGACCGAGUCCAUCCAGUUCCUGCAGAGCCAGCUGGAGAACGUCACUAGGCUGAUGCUCAAUCUCACCGCCACAGUCGGCCAGCUGCAGAGAGAGGUGUCUGACCGUCAGAGCUACCUGGUGGUCUCUCUGGUUCUGUGCCUGUCUCUGGGCCUCCUGCUGUGUCUGCAGUGCUGCCGCAGCUCCUCUCCAGCCCCCCCUGCCACCGCUGCUGCCCUCCCCAAGAGCAACCACUACCCCAGCCCCAAGAGAUGCUUCUCCUCCUAUGACGAUAUGAGCCUAAAGCGCAGGGUGACCUGUCCGCUUGUUCGCUCCAAGUCGUUCCACUUGUCCUCUACAGAAGUAGGUCCCGAUGACUUGUACAUUGUAGAACCUCUAAGGUUUUCUCCAGAGAAAAAGAAAAAGCGCUACAAGUCAAAGUCGUUGGACAAAGUUGAGAUUCUGAAUCUGGCCGAUCCCUCGGCUCCGCUCACAAACGGGGGUCCAAACUGCAACGACUUCCAGCCCUGCCUCCCUGCGCCACCUCCCCCUCCUCCCCCAACUCCCCCAACUCCACUACCGCCACCCGCUCCUUCUCUCCCGGCGCCUCCCCCUCCUCCCUCCACAGAGGUGUCAUCGCUGCCCACUUGCACCUCCAAAGAGUUCCCCUCAGAGACCAGCAGCUGCAGCUCGUCCACACACUCCGAGGAGUCCUACACGAGCCGCCUCCCCCCUCCCUCCCCCGUCCUCCCCUCUCCCUCCCCCGUCCUCCCCUCCUCUGGUCUGUGCAAUGGACUUCGCCUGCCUUUCUCCCUGCAGCAGCAUCCCGCCAAGUCGCGUAAGGAGAGGCGCUCGGUGAAGCGGCGGAAGUCGCUGCAGACGGAGCUGCAGUUCCCUGCCAUGCAGGGAGGGGGCGUGGCCUCUCUGCCCAGCCUGCAGCAGCUUAUGAAGGGAAACAAGGACAUCAGUGUCGGGACCAUCAGGGUGACGGCGGUCACCGGACACGUCUGAACACUCACACUUUGACACAACUUUCUAUUUCACACACACACACACACACACACACACACCAUAAAGGUAGCAGAUGUGUGAGGAGGUGAGAACUAACUGCAACCCAAAGAACCACAUUUCCCAUGAGCACCCAGGCGCACCGUGGAACUGAAGUGGCUGCGGCGGCAGUAGCUCGACAUCAUCCGGUCCUCAUCCACUCCUGUCAAAGAGCUGUUUACGGUUACGUGCCUUUAUAUCUGUUCUCUACCUUUUUAAUGCUAAACAUAUGAAAUUUAAAGACACUGUGGUGGAACAUUAAUACAAUGUGGGUUUUUUUUUUCUUAAUGGAUAAGCACAUUGUCCCAUGACAGUUGAGUACCAGUAAAUUUUUAUCCCACUCAUGAGCACAGUGAAGAGAGGUGCUGACCUCAGCUCUACGUUCCCACACAGGGGAGGAAGUAUUGGGCUGCUCUGUAGGAUGAAAUGUGUCGUCGUGAGAGAGCUGUGAAGCGUGACAAACUCAUCUUUAUUUCCUUCUGUCUUUCAUUGUCAUUCAUUUUUUAUCCAUUCUGUCUUCGUAUUGCAUCCUUAAACUCCUGCAGGUGUUUAUGGGACCAGAGCGUUCAUUUUUCAUUGUACACCAGACGCCCUCUCGCUCUCUCUCUCUCUCUCUCUCUCUCUCUCUCUC